UUUUCCUUCUUAUUCUCUGUGUUCUGCCGGGCGGUCUCGGAGCAAAUUCUUUAUUUGAUUCCUGAGGAAAUGGCCAAAGGUUCCCUUGUGGGGAAUCUAGCCAAGGAUUUGGGGUUAAAUGACAGGGAGCUGCCUCAACGAAAGCUGCGUGUCGAUUCGGAAAAGCCAUACUUCAGUGUGAAUGGGGAAAAUGGCAAUCUCUAUGGGAACAACAGGAUAGACCGGGAGGAGGUAUGUGGGACAUCACCGAUUUGUUUCCUAAAUUUAGAAGCUGUGGUUGAAAACCCUUUGAAUGUUUUCCACGUGAAUGUCGCAAUCCAAGACAUUAAUGAUAAUGCACCGCGGUUUAUUAAAAAUAAUACUGAUUUAGAAAUUAAUGAAUUAGCACAACCUGGUGCGCGAUUUCCUCUAGAUCCUGCGCAAGAUCUCGAUGUUGGAGCCAAUUCACUGCGGGGUUACCAGCUCAAUCCAAAUCUGUAUUUUAUCUUGAAAUUGAAGGAAAAUCCAGAUGGAAAAAAGCAGGCAGAAUUGGUGUUAGAGAAACCUUUGGAUCGAGAGAAGCAGAGUUCCCAUCACUUGAUCCUGACGGCUGUGGAUGGGGGAGAUCCAGUCAGAACUGGAACAGCUCAGAUUAAAAUAACUGUUACUGACGCUAAUGACAAACCCCCUAUAUUCACUGAAGAGAUCUACAAAGUCAACCUGAAGGAAAAUCUACCAAAGGGCUCUUUAGUGCUUCAGGUUAAAGCCAUUGAUGAAGAUGAAGGUACAUAUGCAAAAAUAACAUAUGCUUUCAGCAACAUACCACAGAGUGCAAGACAUCUGUUAAGUUUAGAUUCUUGUAACGGAAUAAUUACAACAAAAGGAUUUCUGGAUUUUGAAGAAACAAAUAGUUAUAUAAUGGGUGUAGAAGCGAGGGAUGGGGGAGGUCUCACUGACCACUGCAAAGUUCAUAUAGAAAUUCUAGAUGAGAACGACAAUAUUCCCGAAAUGACACUCACAUCCGUGUCCAGUCCAAUUCCAGAAGAUUCAGUGCCCGGGACAGUGAUAGCUCUGAUGAAAGCCCGUGACCGAGACGAUGGAGAAAAUGGAGAAGUCACCUGUCACAUUCAAGAUAAUUUUCCGUUUAAAAUAAUAUCCUCCUCUAAUAACUACUACAAACUCCUCACAGACAGUAUCCUGGACAGGGAGAGGACCCCGGAAUACAAUAUCACAAUCACCGCCACAGACAAAGGCACUCCCCCCCUCUCCACCCAGAAAACCAUCCUGUUGCAGAUCUCGGAUAUCAAUGACAACGCCCCUGUCUUUGAGAAACCUUCCUACACCGCCUAUGUGCCAGAGAACAAUCCCUCCGGGGCCUCUAUUUUCAGUGUAAAAGCCUCAGACCGGGAUCUGGACCGGAACGCCCGAGUCACUUACUCCAUCCUGAGCAGCAGCCUCCAGGAGCUGCCUCUCUCCUCCUACAUCUCCAUUAACUCCCAGACCGGAGCGAUCUAUGCGCAGCGCGCCUUCGACUACGAGCAAUUCCGGGAGUUUGAGAUGCAAGUGAAGGCCCAAGACGGCGGGUCCCCGCCUCUCAGCAGCAAUGUCACCGUCAGGGUGUUUAUUGUGGAUGAGAAUGAUAACGCCCCUCGCAUCCUGUACCCUUCCGUCGGAGCCGAUGGCUCCGCCUUGUUCGAGAUGGUCCCUCGCUCGGCCUAGUCAGGUUAUGUGGUG